AUGCGGUCGAACUUUAAAGAUAUAGACUUAAUCGUAUAUACCGGUGAUUCCGUUAGGCAUGAUAAAGAUAAAUCAUUUAAGCGAAUCGAAGAACAGGUUUUGGAUGGUCAUGGAAGAAGGAUACUGUCGUCAAGAUAUUAUGGCAAAUUCUCUGUACUUAAUCUCAAUUCUAUGUAUUUUUACAAAAAGAAUAAAUUACUACGUGAUUGUGAUAUAAUGGAUAGUACCGGUGCAUUACAACUGAAAUGGUUAGAACGUGAAUUAAAAAAUGCGCGUGAUGAAGGACGAAGGAUUUAUACUAAUGAGAUGUUAUAUUCACCAGCAUGGAUUAAUGUUAAUUGGCAAAUAUUUGCUCAUAAUCCAGCAAUAAGACAAUAUGCGUAUUCAACAAGAAGUCGGGAUUUUGGUUCAUUAAAAGAUUACAAACAAUACAUUGUAAAUCUAACGGAAGCAAAUGAGAUUGGUGAGGCUAUAUGGAGACUUGAAAAUAAGGCUAAUAAGACUUAUGG